GUCACGUGACGUAUCAAUCAGCUGAUGAGGUCGCCGUGGGGUGACAGGCUGCGUAAAUAUGAAACAGGAAUGAGAAUUUGUUUUUCUUCGUCGUCCUUGUGAGGAACUAUGAAUGACACAUGGAGUGGACGACAUGGCGAAACAGCUGAAAGCACACAUCGGAGUCACUGGAUGUAGAAUAUGUGACUGACAGGAUGGCAAGGAGCUGGAGCUGCAGUCUACAAGAUAGCUGUACGUGUGGGAAUUAGGCAUCUCUCUUUGCCUGGACCUGGCUACAUUAUUUUGGUCACUCCAAGCGCUCUGAACCCACUCCACGAAUGACCAUGUCAGAAAACCUUGCCAUGGAUUUCAUCAUUCUCUGCGAUGCGGACACGGAGAGACUACUGACCAAUACCUCCAUUCUGUCGUGGAUGGAGACGGUGAACGUCGCCAUGGAGACCAUGUAUGGCGUGAUGGAGGAUCUGGGAGUGGACAGCCUGGACAUCGACUGGAUCUCGUUCCUGGUGUGGAUGUUCCUCCCCAUCAUGGUGGCCUUCAUCCUGCCGGUGUUCGUCAUCCUUCUCCUCUACCUGACCGCGCUGAUCAUUCACAUCUACCGUGCACGGCACAAGCUGAGGGACGCGUUUGCUGUAGACGUUUGGCUCGGAGCACGAAAAACUGCCGCGCUACUCUGGGAACUACAGGGGAAAAUCUGGCAUGGAUAUGAAAUCCAUGGUGUAGAGAAGCUGCCUGCCACUGGCCCUGCUCUGGUGGUGUACUACCAUGGUGCCAUCCCCAUCGACUUGUACUACGUCAUGGCCAAAGUUGUGCUCCAUCAGAACCGCCUUCUGUAUGCAGUUGCCGACCGCUUUUUGUUCAAGAUACCUGGCUGGAACCUGAUGCUGAAAGUGAUGUGUGUGACCCCCGGGGCACCAGAGGACUGUAUCAAGCUCUUGAGGGAGGGGAACCUGCUGUCUCUGUCCCCUGGUGGGGUACGAGAGGCACUCUUUGGUGACGAGUACUACAGACUAGUGUGGAAAAACAGAAUGGGCUUUGCCAAGGUGGCGAAAAAAGCCAAAGUGCCCAUAUAUCCCAUGUUCACCCAAAACUGUCGAGAAGGAUUCAGGUCCAUCAGGAUGGGAAGGCACUUUCUUGAGUGGGUGUAUGAGAAAACCAGGUUGCCCAUUGUGCCAAUCUAUGGAGGCUUUCCAGUGAAAUUUAGGACAUAUAUUGGGGAUCCGAUUCCAUAUGAUCCCAAUGUCUCUGCUCAGGAAUUAGCUGUUAAGACCCACAAUGCCUUGGAACAGAUGAUUGACACUUACCAGAAAAUCCCAGGGACGGUGUUUGGUGCACUACUGGACAGGAUUCCUGCAUUUAGCACUAAGAAAGAGGACUAAACAGGAUGUGUGGUCUUCCCUAACACAGUAAAAUAUCUUAUCAAUGUGUUGUAGUGUGAUAUGUUCAGUGGGUACCAAGUGCAGUGGUUUGGUCCAGUCAUGCAAUGGUCAUUAAUAUUUGCAGGAUGGGAAACAGUCCUGUCAGUGCAGUGUCCUUAUAGUCAAGAAGUAAAACACAUCCAUGAAAGUGUGAUAAGGAAGUAUACAUUUCCAAGCAUAUUGUUGGGAAACAUAAUAAUCUAAUAGCCUCCAUGACAUGCUUGGAGAUUACAGAGGUAUAUGAAGAUGAACAGUGGUUUGUUUAUUGUUCUUGAUAAUAUGUUUGAAGAAUUCAAAUGGAAAAGUUUAAUUUUCUCUCUGUUUUGGAAUAAGCCAGAUUGAAAGUUGCUGUCUCAGGGUUGUGGAAAUGCGUUCCAUUGUGACAUAGAUGUUGGAAUUGCCAGAGUUGUGGGCUACAUUGAGAGAAGAUAUACAAAGAAGUGAUAAAAAGGCAUGGUUGUACAGCAGGAAAAGUAUUAAAGGGAAAGUUAUUGGCAAGCUGUCAACAUUCUCAUUUUGUAUACAUGAAUUAUGUACAUGUAUUGUGACAUGCUACAAGUUGUAGAGACAUGCUUCUUGUACAAACAAGGUUGUGAGGGGAGAUUUCCAGAACAUAAUUUUUCUUUAAAUCAAAAAGCUGUUCUGGAGUUUUGUUCUGGUGUGUCCCUGGAGUAAAGUUGUGUAAUAAAAAGAUGAUUUAAGGUGCCUGUAUAAGGACCAUUGAAAACUGUGGAACUAUUAAAUGAAACAAAUGAAUAUACUAUUUUUGUGGAAAAAUGUCAGUACUUGUAACAGCAGAAAAAAUAAAGUCAUUGUAGAUGUUGCAUAAUUUAUCUAUCAAUCAAUGUACAUGACUGUGUAUAACAGAGUAGCUAGUCUUCUUUAUGUUGCAACUUUGAUAGAAGCAAUUUUUGUGCAUGUUUAUGAAUGUGCACUGACAUAUUUGUGAAGCUGUGAGAUAAUAUGAAAUUAAUUUUGACAAAGUAUGAAUAUGGGAUGGAGGUACACUGUAUUUGUAGGUCCUGGACCAAAUAGUCUGCUGCAGUUGCGUUUUUGUCAUGUUCACGUUGGUUGAUUUAUGAUGUUGGUCGCAAUUUUUAAUAAUUAUCACAAAUGUACACCAGAAGGCACAAUAUGUAACUAAAGGUGGAAUAAUUUUACAGUGUCAUGAUUGUUAAAAUUGUGGUAUCAUUUUUUAAGUACAUGUAUUGCAAAAUUCAGUAUGAUUCUCCAUGUCCAUCAGUGUUAUUUAUAUGGUAUACCCUAUGAAAUAUAUCAGGCAAUUAUUGCUCUGCUUAUUUGACUGAGAAUUGUCUAAAACCAUUCAAGAUGUUUUACAUUAGUAAGGCAUCUUGUGUGGCAAUAGUGGCAUGUCAUACAUGUUUUGUUCAUGUCACUUUCAGCUUCGUUUGAAGAGUCUACAGUGCCUCAACAUGUGGAAGUAUCAUUCCAGAAAGUCUUAAUUAAUUGCUGAUUGUUGCUGAAGUAUAAGUAGCUCAUUAACAAAUCAAUUAAUUAGUUAAUCAGUUAAUCAAUAAUCAAAUCUUAAGCUGUUCUUUCAACAAAUGGCAGACAUUAUCAAUGUAGACUGCAUUCCAAAAUAUGAAAAAAAUUAACGUGCAAUGUGCAAUGCUUAACUUGAUUUACAUUAUUAGUGUCACAAAUUACAUGUUGUGCAAAAAAGAAUAAUGUGUCACUAUAUUGUGUACAAUUACUCCUGAAAACUGUUCACUUUCUAUGUAAAGUGCUUCCAUGUUACUUACAUUGUAUUAAAGGAUUAUGUUCCACAAUGAUGUGCAUUGUAUUGUUAAAGAUUAUUUUCCAGAAAUAAAAACAUA